CGUGAUAUCCGAGUUCUAGGGAAAUAUCAGAAUGAACGAAAACAUGGCGUCUGGUUCGCCGACAGCGGUGUAAAAGAUACCAUAAACUGGGCAAUAACACGGACUUUAGACAUUUAAUUUCUCACAGAGUAUGUUUAGUCUCAUGGCUAACUGUUUCUCAUGGAUAAAAUGGAAGCGGGAGCCUGUAAAAAAAGUUACGAUUUUAAUGGUUGGCUUGGACAAUGCAGGGAAAACAUCCACGGUAGCCGAUCUGAAAGGAGAGGCUUUAGAUGGUAUAACGCCGACUGUGGGUUUUCUUUCGUCAAACUUCAACAUGUAUAGAUUCAAUGUCACUGUUUAUGACCUGGGCGGUGGGGCUAAAAUAAGAGGAAUAUGGAAAGAUUAUUACGCUGAGGUGUUUGGCGUGGUGUUUGUGGUAGAUGCAAGCAAUCGGGAAAGAAUGGAUGAAUGUAGAUCAAUCCUACAUGAAACUAAGCAAAAUCCAAGGGUAUCUGGGAAACCUUUGUUAAUACUUGCAAACAAGCAGGACUUAGAAGGUGCCAUGAAUGACGAUGAGGUGUACCAGUCGCUGGAUCUUGGUGCCUUAAUCGCUAAGCACAAAUGCCCCUGUCAAGUGUACACAUGUUCAGCUUACAUAGGACAGGGAAAUAAAAUUGAUAAGCAAAUAAAGAAAGGAUUUCAGUGGUUAUUAUCAGAAGUGUCUAGUAAUUUUGCCUCAAUCUCACUAAGAGUGGAAAAGGAUAUAGCCGAGAAGAAAAGAAUAGAUGCUGCAGAGAAGAAAGCUAAACUUGAAAGAGUACGCAAAGCAAGGGCAGAACGGGAGCGUGAAGAACAAGAAGCAGCUGAACGUGCUAAGAGAAUGGAAGAGGAGUCUGAUGAUGAUGUUGUGAUAGGGGGUGGAAAGAAGACAAGUAAGCGAUCGACUCCAUCUCCCGACCCAAGCACUCCAGAGAAAAAGAAGAAAAGGAAGAAAAAGAAGAAGGUGAAAAAAGAGUUUUCUCUUGAUGCUGUCGAUGGAAAUUCGUCUCCUGUCAGGGAUACUGUUGCCUCAAGCACAGAAGCAGUUAGCAUGAAUGGACUUUACAACAGACUACAGCUCUUAGAGGGCCCCGACAACCGAGCUGGCAGACUCGCCCCAAUUACCAAUUCACCUGAGCUUUCAAACACUGCGGAAGAUUCAGGAGAGGGAAAGAAAAAGAAGAAGAAAAAGAAACGAAAAGGAAACAAGACAGCGCCAAUCAGCGAAGACACAGAGAAUGUCCAGGAAUUACCGCCAUUGUCUGCCUGGGGGACCCCGCCUGGUACGCUGAAUGGCUUUCCUGGAAAUGCUGGUGGUCGAAGACUUGAGCCGCUGGCUAGCCCUAGAUUUUCUGGCUCACCGUUUAGUGGUCCCUCCAACCAAGAGAGUGAUGAGGAUACCAAGCCACUUGGACCAAUCAGGAACAAGUCGUGGGUGCGCACGCGCCCUAACAGUGAGGAUCAUGACGUCAUGACGUAGCGCAGUUAUAUUAGUUUCCAAGAAAUUUCCUAGAAAAUUCUUAAGUCGAAUUAGCAAAUUAUUAUUUUAAUUUUAACACAAGCAUUGUACAUAACGAUAUAGAAUCACUUUUUCUAUACUGAGAACGACUCACUCGUUUUUUUUUACUAAGAAAACGGCCAGCUUAUAUUGUCAUCGUGCAAAAAAACACUGUAACUUCUAACAUCCUUCCACCAAAGGGGAAUUUUUCUUCACUAUGUUUAUCAUUAAGAAAGCUCGAAAACAGGCGAAAUCAUGUAAAUACUCAGAAAUCCAUCGAGGAAAUCAAAAUAGCAAGUAUUGCUAAUGCCUUUUUAGCAAGUGACUUCUUUGAACUUCGACAACAAAGUUCUCAAUGGUACUCCAGUACUUAAGGUACUCGAGAAGGGAGGUACAUUUUAGACAGAUUUUUAUCUUGCCAAAGUGUACAAAGUCAUGUACAUAUGUCAGAUAGAAAAUGAUAUUUAUUUAAAAUAUACAAAUAUUUGAUAAGCCAA